AUGGCCAGACGACCCCCGCACCUCGCGCUCUUGCUCCUGCUGCUCGCUGCGGCUGCCGCCAAUGCCCUCCAUAUCUAUUUGGACGCUAACGAAAAGCGGUGCUUCCUCGAGGAGAUCCCUAGCGACACCGUCGUCGAAGGACAUUACAAGGCCCUCGAGUGGUCUGAACCAGAGCAAAAGUAUGUCGAGAACUCUGGUCUUGGAAUCCUUGUGGAAGUCGAUGAACUUGUUACCGGCCACAACGUUGUAAGGACGCGGGGGCCUCACGACAGCCGCUUCACCUUCACCUCACACGAAGCGGGGGAUCACGCUAUCUGCCUCUCCAGCACGCAAGGGACAUCCUGGACCCCCACCUCGCAUAUCCGCCUCUACCUCGACAUUGUCGUCGGAAGCACGAAGCCUGACCGCGAGCAAGACCGCUCACAUGUUACCGAGCUCUCUGCAAAGCUCCGUGAUCUGAAUCAGAAGCUCGAGGACAUCCGCCGGGAGCAGCAAUACCAGAGAGAGCGGGAGGCGAACUUCAGGGACCUCAGUGAACUCGCCAACUCGCGCGCGGUCUGGUACAGCAUAGCACAGAUUGUGGUGCUUGUCAUCACCUGUGCAUGGCAACUGAGACAUCUCAAGCGUUUCUUCGAGGACAGAAAGAUGUAAUGACUGCUGUCGUCAUAUGAUGUUUUCGAACAUGCUUUGGAUAUUUUGCGAGGUUUGCGAUCUCUAAGGGUUAAUCUAGCAAACAGCGACGUCGAGCCUCUGGACCGGCAGCCACGAGACGUACAGCGUAUUUAUCUGUAUAAGACUGCGACUUCCUUCGCACAUUCUGUCAAUUCUUCCACUUGCUUGUUCGUUUGGUGCUUAGAUCGCUUCUUACAGUUUCCUGCGGCUGUUCAAAC